GAUAACAACCACAUGAAUGAACCUAUGAACCAAACACUGAUUCUUCACUCUGUGUUACUACAACUCUCUCUUUUUCAUCUUCUCCUUUGGCCUCCUUCAAACUCCCUUAUUGAACCAACUCCACCAAGCAUCUUCUGUAGUAAAGUUUAGCUCUUUCAGCAGAUUGUUCUAUAGGGUGAAUGUUCAUAUGAAGCUUAAGUUUCAGUGUUCAGUGAAAGCAAUAUGCAAAAACCGAAGGGUUAAACUGAGAUGGCUACAAGCAAUUCCUACCCCCCUAGUGCUCCUUCUUCUCUUCUUCCAAUCUCAAUUCACAAGUUCCAAAUCACUCAACUCAGACCAAAACCAAAUGUGUCUUCCAUCAAACAGCACAUCAACCUCAGUGAAACACAACAACUCCAAGGUCACUUCAUCAAAACCAGUUCCAGUUGGAGUUUUAGAGUCCCUUUUGCAGCACUGGAAAGUCAUUCUAGCAAUGAAGCAAUUUACAGUUUUCUAAUUUCAUCUUACAUAAAAAACAACAGCCCUGCAGAUGCUGCAAAAAUCUAUGCCUAUAUGCGUAGAACAGACACUGAAGUUGACAAUUUUAUCAUACCCUCGGUUCUCAAAGCAUGCUGCCUUAUCCCUUCAACUUUGCUAGGACAAGAGUUGCAUGGUUUUGUGGUGAAAAAUGGUUUUCAUAGGGAUGUUUUUGUGUGUAAUGCUUUAAUCAUGAUGUACAGUGAGGUUGGAAGAUUGGCAUCGGCACGGUUGUUAUUUGAUAAGAUUGAGAACAAAGAUGCUGUUUCUUGGAGUACUAUGAUUAGGAACUAUGAAAGGAGUGGUUUGUUUGAUGAAGCAUUGGACCUUUUGAGAGAUAUGUUUGUAAUGGGAGUGAGGCCUAGUGAAACUGCAAUGUUAAGCAUCACACAUGUCUUGGCAGAACUUGCUGAAUUGAAAUUGGGAAAAGCCAUGCAUGGUUAUGUGAUAAGGAAUGUGAAGUUUGGGAAAUCAGAAGUUCCUCUAAGUACUGGUUUGAUUGAUAUGUACGUUAAGUGUGGAAAUUUAGGUUAUGCAAAAAGAAUUUUUGAUGGCUUGUCUGAGACUAGUAUCAUUUCAUGGACUGCUAUGAUUGCAGGCUACAUUCAUUGCAAUAACUUGAAUGAAGGUGUAAGACUCUUUGUCAAAAUGCUUGAAGAGGGUAUGUUUCCAAAUGAGAUUACAAUCCUUAGUUUGGUCAAAGAAUGUGGCAUGGCAGGUGCUCUAGAACUAGGAAAGUGGCUGCAUGCUUUCACAUUAAGAACUGGGUUUACCAUGUCUUUGGUUCUUGCCACUGCUUUUAUUCACAUGUAUGGCAAAUGUGGUGAUGCUAGAAGUGCAAGAUCUCUGUUUAACAGCUUCAAGAGCAAAGAUUUAAUGAUGUGGAGUGCCAUGAUUUCAGCUUAUGCACAAAACAAUUGUAUAGAUGAAGCCUUUGAUGUCUUUGUGCACAUGACAGGUUAUGGAAUAAGGCCAAAUGAGAUGACCAUGGUUACCCUCCUUAAGGUAUGUGCAAAAGCUGGAUCACUUGAAAUGGGAAAGUGGAUCCAUUCUUACAUAGAUAAACAAGGAAUUAAAGAAGAUAUGAUUCUUAGAACAGCUUUGGUGGACAUGUAUGCCAAAUGUGGAGACAUAGAUAUAGCUCACAGAUUGUUUGAUGCAGCAAUGAAUCGUGACGUUUCAAUGUGGAAUGCCAUGAUAUCAGGUCUUGCAGUGCAUGGUCAUGGUGAGGCAGCAUUGAAACUGUUUGAAGAAAUGCAAGCAUUGGAGGUUCUCCCUAAUGAUAUUACAUUCAUUGGUGCUCUUCAUGCUUGUAGUCACUCAGGAUUGUUGCAAGAAGGGAAGAGGCUGUUUGACAGAAUGGUUCAUGAAUUUGGACUUGUCCCAAAAGUUGAACACUAUGGUUGUAUGGUGGAUCUUCUUGGUAGAGCUGGAAUGCUUGAUGAAGCACAAGAAUUGAUUAAGAACAUGCCUAUGAGGCCAAGCAUGGCUGUGUUUGGAUCUCUUCUUUCUGCAUGCAGGCUUCACAAAAAUCUAAAAGUAGGAGAAUGGGCAGCAGAACAGUUUCUCUCAUUGGAACCUGACAAAAGUGGGUAUAACGUUCUGAUGUCAAACAUAUAUGCAUCAGAAAGCAGAUGGGGUGAUGUUGCAUACAUAAGGAAAGGUAUGAAGGAUGAGGGAAUUGUUAAAGUUGCGGGUGUUAGUUCCAUUGAAGUGAAUGGAUCACUUCAUGAAUUCAUAAUGGGAGAUAGGGAUCACCCAGAUGCUGAGAAAAUUUAUGAAAUGAUCGAUGAGAUGAUUGAAAAACGGAAAGAUGUUGGAUACACCCCAGAUGAAUCGUCUCCUCGUGUCCGACAUAUAGGACAAUAACACGCUUAUAAUACUCGUAUGAUACUAAUAAGUGAAUAAGUGAAGUGUCUCCUUUGAAAGACAUUUUCUUUUGUCUCUGCAGCAUAAUUCUACUCCAACACAAUCUUAAUAACCACAAAUACUAGAAUUUUUUAAUGAUCCAUAAACUUAUAAUCUUAUCACUUUUGUAACAUCUUAAUUAUUCAAUAUUCAACCAUCAUGAGAUUUCCCACAUCUUCGAUAUCACAAAACAGUCAACAGGCUCACUCCUUUAUACUCAAUGAUGGGGAUGGACAUAAAUUACAUCUCCACUCCAGGCUAUGAUGGUGGAAACCGAAGUGGGAGACUGGUAAUAGCCAUUUCCAUUCCCUCGAAUAAAUCAAUGCUUUGUCAUUUUUUAAGUUUUUAUAUCUUCAAGAAUUGAAUUCCUGACAUAGGCCUACUUUAAUUGCAAUACUUAUGUCAAUGACAAUUUUUCCAUGUUUGAUAAUUCCAUACUUUAAUUCUGCAGAAAGUUGUUUUCUUUUUUAUUUCUUAGGUAAUCCAAUUUUACAAAGAUUUUGGUUAUUACCAUUUUGAUUGAAUCGAAUGCAAAAAAUUUAAUCUAGCCUAACACGUUUGUUUGUUCAGGCCAAGGUUGAUGGAUUUCUUCCUGGUAAACAUCAUCAUUUGUACAUAUAUAUUCAUAUUUACUAAAUCUAGUAAACAUCAUCAUUUGUACAUAUGCUUCUCUGCAAAAGGCCAAUCUUUUUGUUUAGUAUUUUAAAAUGGAAUCAUUAAAUUUAACAGUAUAUUCAAUAUUGAAAAUGGUUAACUUUUUGUUAUAUAUUAUGUGCACUUUUAAUAAACAGUUGAUGCUAAAACUUGAUUCUAUUUUUGUGCAUGUUGAAUGGGGGUGUGAUGCUGCUGUGAUGCUAGCAACAAGCCACACAUCUGAGAAGGAUAAUCCUAUAAAUCUUUCACUAGCUGGUGAUAGAUUUGACACAGAUCAAAGCCAAGGCUGCCAGAAUAAGGUAACAGUACUAUAUAAAGGUCACUAGAGACAUAGUAAGAAGAGUUUAUUACAUUGUAUAAAGGAAGAGAGGGAGAUUCAAGAGGGCAAUUAUUGUUACUUUUGGGAUUGAAUUAGACAAGCAUUUUGAAAGAUUGGGAUCCCUGCAUAAUCCAUAGAGAGGACCAUCUUAUGCAGUAGAGCUGGGAAGGCUAGAUAGGAGAGUUUCAACAAAAGGAAGUGUUAGACACCAUAUACCUCAUCCUGAUUUCUAAGACCAUAUUCAUGGUGAUGGAGUGCAACAAGAUCAACGCCCAGAUGAACAAAAUCCUUAGUGAUUGAGUAUUAGAAAACUCUAGACUUAUCAUUCUAUGUUGUUUGACAUCUUAUGAAUUGUAAAAUUUAUUUUGUUUGGCAUCUUAGGAACAAUACAAUCUAUUUGUGAAUAUUAGACAUUUUGUAAACAUAUUUUGACAAUGAUUUUUAUGUAAUAUAUAUCUAUUUUA